AUGAUAUUGAAAACUACAAAAAGCAAAGAAUACAUGUCAGAGACAAAUGCGUGGUCCGAAAAAUAUCGACCAAAAAAGUUGGAUGAAGUGAAAGGGCAAGAAGAAGUCAUUAAAUUACUGAAAUCAUCAUUAACAAGUGGUCUUCCUAAUUUACUCUUUUUUGGACCACCAGGGAGUGGGAAGACGACGUCAAUACUUGCACUGUCAAGAGAACUCUUUGGCAACUGUUUUAAGGACAGAGUGUUAGAACUGAAUGCAUCGAAUGAGAGAGGGAUAGACAUGAUUCGAACAACAUUGAAGAAUUAUGCAAUGCAAGAUGUCUCACACCAAGAUGGUAUACCGGACUACAAAUUGAUCAUAUUGGACGAAUCGGAUGCGUUAACACCAGACGCACAAACGGCGUUAAGACGAAUGAUGGAGGACUUCACUCGUAACACCCGAUUCUGUUUGAUAUGCAACUAUAUCAGUCGUAUUCUCCCACCAAUUUCAUCAAGAUGCAUUAAGUUCAGGUUCAACGCACUCCCACAAGAAACAGUGUUCGAGCACCUCACGUCUAUCUGUGAGAAAGAGAAGUUCGACGUAACGCCUGAGGCCAUUAAAGCUGUUGGGAAACUGAGUGAAGGUGAUAUGAGGUAUGCAAUCGGAUUAUUACAAAAAUUGUCACAAGGCGUUCGACACAGUGUUACACCACAAGACAUUUCUAAUGUCGCUGGUGUUGUGCCAAAUCUCGAAAUAUCUCAAAUAAUCUUAAUUUGUAAAGAAAAGACCGUCUUUGAUAUUUACUUGAAGGUGUUACAUCUUGUCGUCGAGGAGAAUUAUGCCGCAGACUCGAUACUCUCACAAAUUAGAGACAUCUUCACACAAGAUACAAACGGACUCACAGAAACCCAAAGAUGUAACUUCUUACUGGAAAUUGCUGACACCGACGCUGCACUCAUCGACAGAGCCGAUCCGUUAUUCGCUAUAUCUUCACUCCUCGGGACACUCUUCAAAUAUUAUCAUAAACUUGCUUGA